CAGGGAAACAGCACUGACUGUGUGAGUGCUAGUGUGACAAGCUGUUGGCUAGUGACUGUCCAUGGGCGCUGACAGCAUUUCCAGCAAAUAAAGGAACUAAAAGUACUUAUUGUCAGUGAGGACACAGGAAGUUUCUUUGGGCUGUUUUGCAAGUUCAGGCUUUGUUUCUGCAAAUAAGGUGUUUCUUUUUUUUGCACUUUGAAACAAGAACACUAAAGGCUGAGGCGUUCAUUGAUAAAAUGGGGGACAAGAAAUAUAAAGUGCCUCUUGUUGAGGAUACAAAGGUGAGGGUGCUUUAUGAAACUGAAGCAUUUGGGCCCGUUGACAAAGCUGAUUACCCUCCUGCUGGGACUAACUCCAUCUACUCUGCGAUUCUAAGCAGAAACGAGACUGUCAAGGAUGCCAAGCGUCUUAAGACUUUUUUGGAAUUGCGAGACAAAUAUGUAACAAAGAAGGUGGUGUUUGAAGACCCCCUGUUCCCUGCAGAUGACUCCUCACUCUUCUACAGUCACAAACCGUCCAUGAAGAUUGAGUGGAAACGUCCCUCGGAAAUUUGUGAAAACCCCCAGUUCAUCAUAGAUGGAGCCAACAGGACAGACAUCUGUCAGGGAGAACUGGGUGACUGCUGGCUGCUGGCUGCCAUCGCGUGUCUGACAGUGAACGAGAAGCUGCUGUACAGAGUGAUUCCACCGGACCAGAGCUUCACUGACAACUAUGCAGGCAUCUUCCAUUUCCAGUUCUGGCGUUAUGGCGAAUGGAUUGAUGUGGUUGUGGACGACCGCAUCCCCACCUGCAAGAACCAGCUGGUUUUCACCAAAUCUUUCAGAAAGAACGAGUUCUGGAGUGCUCUUUUGGAAAAGGCUUAUGCCAAGUUGCACGGGUCUUAUGAGGCACUUAAAGGGGGCAACACUUUGGAAGCCAUGGAGGAUUUCACAGGAGGACUUACCGAAUUCUUUGAGUUGUCCGAGGCGCCCAAAGACCUCUAUAACAUCAUGAGGAAGGCGCUGGAGAGAGGCUCGCUAAUGGGCUGCUCCAUAGAUAUUCUUUCAGCCACUGAUGUGGAGACUCGGACUGAACAGGGGCUGGUCAGGGGUCAUGCCUACUCCAUCAUAGGUCUGGCAGAGUGUGACGAGGUUGCAAAGGACACCCGAAUUCGCCUGAUUCGCCUGCGAAAUCCCUGGGGUUGGGUGCUGUGGAAGGGACCAUGGAGUGCAAAUUCAAAGGAAUGGUCGACCAUUUCCACAGCAGACAAGGACAACCUAAAAAAACAGACUGUAGAGGAGAGUGAGUUCUGGAUGUCUUUUGAUGAUUUCCAGAGGAACUUCACAAAGUUGGAGAUGUGUAACUUGACCCCCGACACCCUGCAGGGUGAUGAAAGGCACAGUUGGACAGUGUCGGUCAAUGAGGGUCGCUGGGUGAGAGGCAGCUCUGCUGGCGGCUGCAGGAACUUCCCACACACAUUCUGGACGAACCCACAGUAUCGGCUGAAACUGUACGAGGAGGAUGACGACCCAGAGGACGGGCAGGCGACCUGCACUGUUGUUGUGGCUCUGAUGCAGAAAGGGCGAAGGAUGCAGCGCCAUCAAGGGGCCAAAUUCCUCACCAUCGGAUUUUCGAUCUACGAGGUGCCGAAGGAGAUGUGCGGACAGGAUCAACACCUGCAGAAGGACUUCUUCCUGUACACAGCCUCCAAAGCUAAAUGCAAGACCUACAUUAACCUGCGGGAGGUGACGGAGCGUUUCCAGCUGCCUCCAGGAGAGUACGUCAUCAUCCCAACGACCUUUGAAGCCCAUCAAGAGGGAGAGUUCAUUCUCAGGGUCUUCUCUGAGAAGCAGAACAUGUCUGAGGAGGCGGAGAACACGAUCGGAUCUGACCAAACGCAGCCUAUUGUAUUUGUGUCAGACAGAGCACGGGCCAACAAAGAAAUCGAGCAUGACGGCAUUCAGGGGGAAAAGAGGAAAAAACCAAAGAAAAAACUACUCCAACCUGAGGAGGAGACUGAAGAGGAAAAACAGUUCAGAGCCAUUUACAAACAGAUUGCUGGUGAGGACAUGCAGAUCUGUGCCAACGAACUCAAGAUGAUCAUGAAGAAUGUACUUGCCAAACAUAAUGAAAUAAAGACAGAGGGUUUCAGCCUUGAGACAUGUCGUAGUAUGAUCGCCUUGAUGGAUACUGAUGGGACAGGAAAGCUGAACCUACAGGAGUUCAAACACUUGUGGAAAAAGAUAAAGGAGUGGCAGCGGAUCUUCAAACGAUACGAUAAAGACAAAUCCAGCUCCAUCAGUAGUUUUGAGAUGAGGAACGCUGUUAAUGAUGCAGGGUUUCAACUCAACCGACAGCUGUAUGACAUCAUAGCCAUGCGCUACGCAGACGAACACCUAAACAUCGAUUUUGACAGUUAUAUCUGCUGUUUUGUGAGACUAGAGGGCAUGUUCAGAGCUUUUAAUGCCUUUGACAAAGAUGGAGAUGGAAUAAUCAAGCUCAAUGUCCUGGAGUGGCUUCAGCUGACCAUGUAUUCUUAAGUCUCCUUCUUGACCACUGAUGUAGCUGCAGACAGUUGGAGCUCACGUUCAUGACUCAACUUUCCCGGACAGCCUCUUAAUUGAAGUAUUUUUGCACACAUUUUGUGAUUACAAGAUCUAAGUCUUAGUGUCAGGUUCAAUGAUUUCGCCAGUUUUUAUGUGAAAUUUAGAUUUCUCUCAUCAUUCAAACUAUGAUGGGUUAGAUUUAAGGUCAAUGUUAUCUUAGCUUAUUUUUAAAUGACAUCCUAUCAGUAUUAAGCAUUUUCCUGAAAUGUCAUCAGUUCUCUAGACUCUGCAGUGCUGAUGAGAGCAACAUUUGAUGCAUGCUGAAGUCAGUGUAACCUGAUAAUCAUGUUACAUCAGUGUUUGGCAUGAAGCAGUGAUAGGCGGUAAUGCAAGCAGGCACGUAGAGAGUUGACCUUUGUUGCUAAGUUCAAACGUUACGAAGAAUUUGUACCUAGUAAUGCAAAGCUGGAAGUAUCCGUGUUAAAAGAGAAAUGUUUAGAGAACUAAAUGAAUGAACAUUUUGUUUGACAAAUCUUCAGAGAGAUACUGAAUGUACUACAUAUUGUUUUUAAAAUAUAGCAGAGGUGAAUAAUGCAA